AUGCCUGCAACUCCAACGAAGAGAAAGGCGAAUUCGGACGGAACGGCCAAUGUUUCUCCGGCCAAGAAGAAGCACAUCACGAUGGUGACGAUGGCAGAUCCGACGCCCGUCCCGACGACAACCGACGUCGAAAUGCCCGAAAUCAGCACGGUUAAGUCGGCGAUGGACACUUGUGAGGUAUUUCUUCUUUCCUCGAGCUUUUCUCUGCACUACUUCUUGUCAAAAUCUUGAGCCUCCGUUCGAAAUUUCGUUCAACAGUAGCGGAAAGGCAAGAAACAUUAGAAAAAGAAGAUAAAAGAAAAAAUUGGGAGUAAGAAGAGCUCUAUAACGAUUCACGGCUAGCUUGGGACGCAAAAGGCGUGGCCUGUCUGCACUCUCCACCAACCAGGCACUGUCUCGUCUCUUUUCGUGGCAGGACCCUUUUCUCGAUGGCUCAAACCAGCCGUGAAUCAGCUAUAUCAACAUUUUGAACUUUUUCGCUGACUUCAACUCUCGGUUUCCAUUUUUGAGAAGAAUCGAAAAAUUUCGAACCUUUUGUAAGCUCGAAAUGAAUUACAGCGACCAAUUUUUGCAAUUUCUACUCUUUGAAAACCAAAAAAUGUUUCAGUCGAUUUUUCAGAAGUUCUACGCGUUGGAAGAUGAAAUCGCAGCCAGCACGACCCAUCAAAAGCUUCAAGAAGAAUAUAUGAAAGAAUCCAGCGCUUUGAAAGCAGCGGUUAAGGCUUACUGCGACGAUCCGGUUGGUUUUUGGCUGUUUUCAGAAGAAAAAAGGAAAUUCGUAUGUUUUGAUCCUUUUUCAGGACAAGCUCCACUUUUAAAACUUAAAAAUGCCAGGCUCUGUUUGGAAAAAUCAAAAAGUAUAGUGAAAAAAGAUCAUUGUUGUUUUUUUUUUGUCAUUUUUCGCUUAGCUAUGCAUCGAAGUUGAAAUUUUCCUUCUAAAUAGAACGAAUUGUCAUAUUUUUGAAGAUUUGAGGAAACUGGAUUAUGAUAAGAUGUUUAAUUUUUGAUCUUUUUCAAUCUAAAUUAAAACUUUCAUUUCUAAUAGAAAAUAGAAAAUAGACGGAACAAAAAAACGUUGUAAAAAAAUCGAAAAUAAACUGAAAACUUUUUACUUUUUCCGAUUAUAUUAUAUAACAUGUACUUUAUGCGUAUACUUCUGCAUUGAUAACUUCAGAAAUCCCCUCACAGGCCUACAUUUUUAGAAAGAAAAUCCGCUCCAAGUGAACGUCAUGCAUCGGAUCGCUCGAAUGAGAAGAAUUGCCAGGCUUUGUCAAUAUUCGACGGCCCAACUCCGCAAAGAAACUGCCGCCCAACUCGAAAAAGUAAAAUUUUCAUUUUUCUUCUCAAAAAGUUCGAAGAGGAAUCUCGACUGAAAAGUGAUUUUUUUCUAUUUUCUAGAGUUUUUUGGAGAGACUAUAGUCUUCGUUCAUUGAAUAUGAGGUUAUUUUUUUGGACUCUUAGAAAUGUACAAAAAUUGAAAGAUUGAAAAAAUACAAACUGUUUCAAAAAUAAGCAGAGAGGAAGUCACAAAAAUAAGUUUACUGUUUUUCAAAACAUUUUUUUAGUCAACUGGGUGUAAGAUUUGUGUUUUUUUGAAUGUUGCUUGAACAGUUCGAUAAAUUCUGGGAAUAUCGAUCCUUUUAUACUCUUUUUCGCGGUCUCAUCUCCCACGUGAUCUCUUGUAUAGUCCUUUUUUUCGAAUUGAAAGGAGAGCGAGGCAGAAAAAAAGGAGGCGGGACGCGUAGCGUGUGCGUACGCGGUCCUUGGCACGAGUUCAAUUCAAGCGCUAGCGACUAUUUGGAGACUUUUUUUAUCGCUUUUUUUGAAUCUUUUUUUAAAAAAAAUAAAAAAAUUCAUGUGUUCAAUAAAAAUAGUAGAAUAGAUGAGAGACCAAGCUUUUUUUAAAAAAAAUUAGCUCUCGCUUGGCUUGAACUCGUACGCGUCCCGCCCCUUUCUCCGUUUCGUUCGCCUUUCAAGUCGAGAUGGAUUGACUAUAUUAAGUAUUUAUUUCUACAUAUUCAAAAAUUUUAUUAUAGAAAACCGGUUUUUUUUUUUCAAGCGCACCUAUGUCCGAUGCUUUGCUUAACCUAGACCACUUUCUGAGCAAAUGAGUUAUCCGAGCGAAUCUAUGCUUUAUGAGACUAACCUUCUCAUAUGGCGGUUCUCUUUUUGCAGCUCGUUUUUCAUAUAAUCUAGAAAAUAUUCAAGAAUAAUUUCGGAAUUUUCAAGGUGGACGCCAAAGUUCUGGAACUGCAAAACGUGUCCAGUGAAGUGCAGCAUAUUCAGAAGGAGAUCAAUAGAUGCCUGGAGUUUAGGUGCGAAUUCUUGGAUUUUUUAAAAAAAUUUUGUGUAAGAAGAAAAGUGUCUUAAAAUUUUUUUUUAAGCGCUGGAGACGAAGAUUUGGAGCUUGUUCCAGUGCCAGAGUUCUAUGCGGAUGCUCCGAUCGGCGUUUCGAAGCCUGAGGUAAAUCUUGACGUCAUUAUUUUUUAAAGAGGGUUUCCCUAGAUUGUGUGGCUAUCAAUGUUUUUCUGUUCAAUUUUUCAGGUUUUAAAUAUAUUUCAUGUUCAUUUUUCCAGUUUUUAGAGAGAGGAAAAAAAAUUUUUUUCCGAAAUAACUUGAAAAAAAUCUGUAAGAAGUGUAUUUUUUUAUAAUUUUUUUGUACGGUUUUUUUAUUCAAACUUUUCUCAGUUUAUCCAAAUUUAAACUUUCUUCAUUUUAAAUGUUUCUAAAAAGUUUUUCCAAGGUCAUUUUAAUUCUUCCUUCCAAACACAUUUUUUUCCCUUCCCCAGGGCGUAAAGACAUCUCUUCUUGCAGUUUCACUAUACACUCAGAAAAAUCAAAAUAAGUUUGAAGUAUUUCAAUAUCAUUUGGUAGUUUGACGGAAUAAUAAUCCUCGUUUCAAUACACUUUUUUUCAAAUUUAAGAUCACGAAAAACAACGAACACGAGCAGUACUUGGCGCGGCUCGAAUACGAAGUUAUCCAGAGAAAACAGUGAGAUUUUCCAGAUUCAGCUUCGAAAUCAAAGUGUUUCCAGGUUGCAAUCAACGUUGCAAGAAUUGGAAGGCCGAAGAAAUGUGCUCUUAAGUGAUAUUCGGGGAAAAGAACAGCGAUUGCAGAGUUUGAGGCCCAAAAUCGAGGCCCUUGUCAAGGUAAAAAUAUAGCGGGUUCACAGGUGACUUGAGCCAGCGAGAAAAGGGUCCUGACACGAUAAAGAAUGAAAUAGUGUCUGGCUGGGGGAGAGCGCAGACGGACCCCAAAAUUUUUUUUGAAUAUCUCUGAAAAGCUUUAAAGUUUUAGGCUUUUUCGUGAGGUCUUGAGCUAUUUUUCUACAAAAUUCAGCGUUUUGAGUCCGAAUCGACUAGUAAUCUUGUUAUUUUUACUGAAAAGAACGGAUUUUAGGCCGCUCAACCGGUCCAGGAAAUAUUGGGAGUGAAAAAAGUUGAAUCAAGCUCUUCGGAACAAACUUCCUUGUUCGCCUCGCUUCCGCCCAUGUUGGCCGUGAUCCAAAUCCACGCCUGCGCUUAUAAAGAUAUCAUGGAAGGUUUAUCCAUGACAAAGAGCAAAUGUGGUGAUUUGCGUGAUUUUCAGACAAAAACAUGCAAGUGAAGAUUGUCGAGUGCAGCGAAAACGCGGCCGCUUGCGCCAAAAGAAAGAAAGAACGGGAGGAAAAUGAUGGUUUGUUCGGAAAAAAUGAUGGUUUGUUCAAUUUAUCAUUCGAUAAAUGCUCCUGUAUUGCCAAAACUUCACAACAAAUGUCUAUCAAUUUCAAUCGGAAAUUCAGAAAAAGACAAUUUUUUUCAAGUGAGCCUAGUGAGCAACAUCUGAUUGCAUGGAUAGUGAUUUUUCGAGAAAAGCUUUUUUUUCGAAUUUGUACUGUUUUUAAAUUUUCGACCUUGAAGAUUUCAAUAUUGCAAAAGGAAAUUAAUGACUCUUUGAAAAUAUUACGAGUUUCGAGAUCAACCAUAUAUUCUUAGAAAAUAGAAUUGAGAAAAAUUAUAUCUACGGUCAUUUUUCAAAAUUUGGUUGAAAGAAACCCUUGAAUUUGGCAAGUGUGAAAGAUCGUGGAAGUUAAAGAGAGAAGUUUGAGAAAGAUAGGUUUCUGCGUCUCUGCAGCUCCCACGUUCUCUCUUUCUCGGAGUUUCGAGAACUUUCUUAUCUGUUGAGUAUCCUAAUCAACACCACUGAAAAUGAAUUCUAUUAAAAAUACAUUUUCGGUUUUUGUUCACAAAUCUGUUCUGACUCGAGCAAACGAGUUCUGUUUCCGGGAGAGAGUUACUGCAUAGCUAUUUGAAAUCUGUGCGAUGUUUCAAGCCAUUUGAGCCACUUUUAGAGAAAUUAUGCUCAAAUAACCUCUUUGAAAUACCUUUUUGGCCAGUAAUGUGUAUCACUUCAUAAUAAAUUAUAUGGAGGCUCUUAUAGUUGAAAUUACUGCUUUUCCAGUUGCAAUUGCUUCAUCGAACGGCGCUUCGACCGUAGAAACGCGCGUGGCGGCGAUGGCGUCGGGGAUCUUCGACGUGCAUCCGAUGCGCGUCGACGUCGUCAUCGGAAUCCCGGAAUGUUUGAUUUUCGCGCAACGUCUUGAUAUUCACUCUAAUCUGUUCCAGUGGAAACAAAUGUGACUGCGCAAUUCCGGUACCUCACCGAGUUGAAGUUGGCGACGUUGAGAUGGGUCGUCGAUGAUCAGUUCCAUGAGACGAGCAGGUGGGGAAGAAGUUUGGGAUUCAGGAAGAAUGAGCUCAAAAAAGAAAAAUGACCUUGAUCCGUUUACAAAGCCUGCGGAAGUAAAAAUUCAAAAUAUUAGUGAGGAUUUGAUUUUCGUGGUAGAGGGAACUCAGGAACAGCAGAUGGUCCCUAGAGGGCUCAGGAGGAAACUGCUCCUAUAAGGGAUAAAAUAGGGAUCUCUGGAGGGCUAAACUUAAGGUGGUCUCUAUAAGGAUCCAGAGUCUGACCUCUAAGACCCUGAAGCUUAAGCGGCACUAGAGGGAUUCUUUAUUUUCGCUUUUGAAAGCUAAAAAGAGGUACACUAGCAUCCUUCUCUAGAGUGGUCACUUGGUCACUUUUGCAAGCUUUAGUGGCCUCUAAAGGGGAAGAUAGCGCGGCCCCUAGAGGAAAUCCUUCAAGGGCUUCUAAGAUUUCCCCUCUAAAGACUACUCUGGCGCUCCUGAGAAUCCAAAUCUCACAUUCUUGUACCUCAAAAUUCUGAAAAUGAAGAUCAAUUUGCAGCCGAAAAAUGUCGACGCGGUUUUUGACGGGACUUUUUGCUGGCGACAACGGCGAGGAGUGUCCCGAUCCCAUUGGACAGCUCAAAUUGCAGCAACUGAAGUUAUAAUUCCAACUCUGGAACGAAAAGAAAGCAUGAAUUCAGACUUUCGUUCGGAACUAUCGAGGAGAAACUCGGAAGACCUUACCGAUUCGUCCAGCAACUCGGCGGUGUUGAUCCAGCCAAUAAAGAUCAAAAGUCCAAGCCGAGUACUCAUUUGGCUGAACUCAUGAGGAAGUUGGUGAUUGCGACGCGCCAAAGAGUCGCCGACUACUUCGCCCUCACUUCUUUGUUGGCUGACUUCAGUGGGAUUAUUCGAUGAGACGUCUUCUAUGAGUGGUUUCAGGAGUCAAGAAAGCUGGCGCUCUCACUCAUUAUUUGGGCGAGUCGGCUAAGAUCACUAUCCAUUUCAAUUCUUUCGAUUCUGUCGAAGAGGAAGAGUUUGCGGUAAGCCUUAGGGAGGAGAAAACUAGUACAUGACGUUCACCCAGAUGAGCUUUUAGUGUUUGCGGUAAAAACAUGUCUUUCAUUGGCUCAGAAAGGGGCGUGUCUAGCCAAUUAGAAACGAUUCUCGUUGGAGCGAAAAUAAAAAAAAAAACUCAUAGAUGAGAAUAAAUUAUACCUUGAACUUUUUUUUUAGAAAACCAAAAUUUUUAGUGGAGGGGUGUUUCAAUAAUGUAGUUUUCUGACUUUUUUGACUUGAAAACUUUGCAACUAUAAAUUUCUUUCCAGUCCGCCAUGCCGGCCUCUCUAUAUGGCCUGAUCACCUCGAAGGAAUACAAUGAUUUUGAAAGAUAUCGACUGGAACUUGAAGAUAAAAACUCCUCUUCAAAGUUUGUUUCCGCACUUUUGUGUGAAAAGUUAUACUUAUUCAGGUUCACUGCUUGGAUCGCCAUCCCUCACGAUUACCCACAUCGAAUUCCGUUAUUUGGAGUUGUUUUCGAAAGGGAGAAGACGGAGAAUGAAUCUGAGGGUGAUCAGUACGUUCAGGUAAAUAAAAAAAGAAUAAAAUAAAUAAUGCAGUUUGAAAGAAAAGAGAAGAAAAAAAGUUGAUAACGCGGAAAAAAAUUGAUGCUCAUAUUCGCUCCACCGCACUUUUUUUGGGCGCCUGGGGUUGAUUUACGCGAAAUUUAUUUUUUUCCUUUUUUUCCAAAAACUGCUUCUUCUAUUUAUCAAACUGUCAUUUUACUUCUUUUUUUGCAUAAUUUGUGUGCAUUAUCUUGUCUAGCUUAUUUUUUCAGCAACUGGAAGACAUCGUCAACGAAAUGCCCGCUGGUGACCCUAAAAUAUUCCUCAAACAAAUGCGAUCCUUCUGCGACCAAUGUGAUUUGCUCGCUGCUGAUUUUUAACUUAUUCUUUUUCUUUAUAUGUAUUUCAAAACUUUAAUUUACACUUAUUUAUUGAAGUUUUUCUGUUUUGUUUUCUUCACCUGUGGACAUAAUUAUUCUGCUGUUCGAAAAAAAAAUUGGACGAUAUUGUUUUUCUCGUCUUUGUUGAUUUUCUAACUUCUGUAUGAAAUAAAUUAUUUUUGAUGGUUUUCUGUUUAUUAGAAUAAAAAGUGAAGAAUUGAAGUUUUUCCCUAGUAUUUCAAAAUGAAAAGGAAAUGAAAAUUCUGAUGGAGAGAUUUAUUUUUCAGUUCAAGUUAUUCAAUUGACUCAGUAGUUUAGGAAAAAUCUUUUGCCAAAAAAAUUUCAAAACAUUGAAAGAAAUAAAAUGAGUUAAGUUUUUGAACAAAAAAAGAACACACAAUUUCAAAAAUUCCACGUUGAAAUUUUUCUCCCAAAACUUCAUUUUUCAGUGUAUCUCAAUCGUCUCGCCAAUUUUUUAAAAGGUUUAAAAUUGCACUGACAUUAAAAUAAAUUAAUUUGAAAGGACACAAAAAAUGGGAUCUGUCGAGUCUAAGGUCAACGUCGAGGCUGUCGCCAAAGAGGUCCGUUUUUUUUUUCUUUUUCUUUUCAACGAUCUGUGCUUGUGAUGCAGCGAUUUUUAUUGAUUUAUAGGAAUGACAUUAAAUAUAAUUUUAUAUUUUCAAAACGUUAAUUUAGUCCUAACGUUUGUGGAUUUCGGCGGUGGGCGUUUUCCUUUGUGGAAUACUGAAAAUUGGUACUUUUUACCUUUCUGAUGUGCUCUGAAAUCGACUUGUCCUAACCUGAGAGGAAAGAAUUUUUUGGUGUUAUCGAACCCUUUCAGUUAAUGUUAAGCUGUUUAGACUUAUUUCUUUCGUUUUGAAACGAUAUAUUCGCACUCACUUUGAUAAAGAAGCUCUCUAGAAGCUCUCCUAUAAGUUCCGUUGAACAUGAUCAUACUUAUUGUAGAGACAACGCCAUGGAAGGAGAUCAUUAUGGCGCCGAUUUUCAUUGUAUCUGA